AUGACGACCGCUAACAGUGUAACUGGCGAUGAUCUCGCAACAGUGCGCACAAACCACUCGCACCUUUCAAGGGACCAAGAGGCCGCGUUGAAGCAAGUGUGGACUUACUUAUUCCACUUCUGGAAGGUCCCCGUUGACGGGACCGCUGCGUUUGCUGGGUCUCAGGGACAGGGGGUUAGUGGUGCGCAUGAAUCCUCGUCGCACGGGAAGAGCAUUUCGUCGUCGUUGUGGGGGAAACUGUCCGGUUCGAGCAAGCCACACGAGAACGAUGCAUCGGGCCACCACAGCGGGCACGACGUGAAGUACAGUAAAGGGUUGGUGCACCCGGCUCUGGAGGGGAUGGACGCGGGGAGGAUGCAGCAGGAGUUCUGGCAGACGUUGCGGUUGGAGUCCCCCGACUGCCAUCUGUUGCGGUUCUGUAGGGCCAGGAAGUUCCACACGAAUAAAGUGAUGCGGAUGGUCGCACGCACAUUCGAGUUCUACGAUAAGCGGAAGGUCAACGCUUUGAUAGAUGGCGGGGAGGCGAAAAUCUUCAAGGAGAACAAGGAACCCGGGCUAAUGAUGAACUUCAAGGUCCAAAAGGCCGUGCUGUUCGGGAAAGAUAACAAGCAGAGGCCGUAUAUACUUGUCAGACCCAAGUUCCACCACGCGGCAGACCAGACGGAGACAGAGGUGGAAAAGUACGCACUGUUGGUCAUCGAACUGUCCAGGUUGUUCAUGCGAGAAGGUUCCAUAACGAUUCUUUUCGAUCUGACAGACUUCUCCUUGUCCAACAUGGACUACUCCCCAGUGAAGUUCAUCAUCUCAUGUUUUGAGGCACACUACCCGGAAUGUCUAGGCGCGCUCCUGAUCCACAAGGCACCAUGGCUGUUUUCUCCAAUCUGGAAUAUCAUCAAGACCUGGCUGGAUCCUGUGGUCGCUUCAAAGAUCGUGUUCACCAAGAACAUCAAAGAGUUGUCCCGCUACAUAGGCCAACAAGAGCUGCCCGUCUACAUGGAGGGUAAAAACAAUGCCCUGGACCUGGACCACUACAGCCCGCCAGACGGUUCGCAGGACAAGCUGCUCAACGUCAAGGACGACAACUUUAAAAAACUGUCAACGAAGAGAGAACAACUCAUCGAGGAGUUCAAAAAGGUCACCGCAAAGUGGAUCGAAACUACAGAGCAGGCACAGUCCUCCAAGUUAUGGCAGAUGAAGUGCGAGCUCGGGGAAGAACUGUGUCAGAACUAUGCCGAACUCGACCCGUACAUCAGGUCCAGAUCAUCAUACGACGUCCAGGGGCUUCUGAAAUUAUAG